AGAUGACAGUCGACGACAAAGAAGAAUUGUGGAAAAUUUUCUUAUAAAUUAACGAAGUAUAUAAAUCUCCAUUUAGAUUGGUGGCAAACAAAUUGUACGUAAUAUACAAAAAAAAAAUAUGGUUCUACUGGGAGAAAUUUUUCCAAAUUUCGAGGCUGAUACGAAUAUCGGUCAUAUAAAGUUUCACGAAUGGAUCGGAGACUCAUGGGCAAUACUUUUCUCUCAUCCGAAUGACUUUACACCUGUAUGCACAACGGAAUUAGGCAGGGUAGCCAAAUUGAUACCAGAAUUUAAAAGGCUUGGAGUAAAAGUUAUGGCAAUGUCCUGCAAUUCCAUUGACUCGCAUAAAAAGUGGAUUGAGGACAUUAAGAGUUAUGCAGAAAUAUCAGAUGAUGGAUUUCCAUAUCCUAUAAUCGCAGAUGAGGAUCGCGCUCUAUCCACUAUGCUAGGUAUGCUGGAUCCUGCAGAAACAGACAAUCAAGGAUUACCUCUCUCCGCAAGAGCUGUAUUUAUAAUUGAUUCACAAAAGAAGAUGAGACUAUCUAUUCUCUAUCCUGCCACCACAGGCAGAAGCUUUGAUGAGAUUAUUCGCGUCAUAGAGUCUCUGCAGCUCACAGACAAGUACAAAGUCGCCACUCCAGUUGACUGGAAGAAAGGCGAUGAUGUCAUGGUCCAGCCAACAGUAUCUAAAGAAGAGGCUAAUGAUCUUUAUGCGGACAGUCUAAAGAUUCUACCUCUUCCAUCAGGCAAGCCUUACCUGCGUAUUGUACCGCAGCCAACAGAUAUUUAAAAGAGAGAGCAGUAAACUAAAAGGAAUAUCUUACAUUCAAAUAGGAAAGGAUAUCCUUGACAUUUACAAUAACAAAACUAUGAAAAUUAUUAAUGAUUAUUCAGUGAGAUAAUCUUCCUGUCCUUUUAGUACUUCUAUCUCCUCAUUUGUUUUUUUUUCUUUUUUUUCGUUUUGUACGAAAAUGCUGAAAUAAAAGCCACAAUAUUUUUCGUA